AUGUCAGAAGAUGUAAACCCAGAAUUAUUUGCAGAAUUGUUCGGCGAAGACGCCGCCUAUGACUUCCAGAAUGCCCAGCAGCAUUGCCGCCUUCUUCUCAACAACCACAGCAACAACAACAGCCGCAGAACUUGCAACAGCUGCAACAUCAUCAACAACAACAACAACAGCUGCAACGUCAACAACAACAGCUGCAGUUCCACCAACAACAGUUGCGAUACCAGCAACAGCUACAAUUUCAACAACAGCUACAUCAUCAACAAUAUCAACAGCUGCCAUACCAACAACAGUUGCACGAUCAACAAUUACAACAACAACAACAACAACAACAGCAACUGCUGCAGCUGCUCCCGCAACAACAAGCACAACCGCAAGCAGAACAACCACACCAGCAUCAACAACCUCAGCAGCAAGCACCCCAGCCACCACAAGCACCCCCUCCACCUCAACAACAACAAAACCAAGAACAAAAACAACAGCAGCAGCAACAACAACACUCAAAAGCCCCCCCAUCUAACACCCCGACUCCCACCCCCCACAACCCCAACUCUCGCCCUCGCUUUCGCCUUCGCCCUCCGCCUCCCCCUCCUCGCCCCGCCAACGCCAACAUCCCCCGUCCCCGUCCCCGUCCCCGUCCCCGUCCCCAUCCCUAUCCCAUCCCCUCCCCUCCACCCCUCUCACCACCACCACUACCACCACAAAUACAACUACCACCACCACCCCAAACCAGAACCCAAACCCAACAACAACAAACCCAAACCCCAACCCAGCAAACCCAGCAAACCCACCACCACCACCACGCCGUCCAACCCCACCAACCCCGCCAACCCCACGUCCACCGAACACCCCACCACCACCACAUACACAACCACAACCACCAACAUCGCCACCACCCCUACAAGCAGCAACACCACCCCUCCCAGCAACAUCGCCACCACCAGCAACACCGCCACCGCAUCGCCAAACCCGUGCCCCCCGGCCCGGACGCCCGCACCGCCCUCGAGCGCCUGCGCACCGCGAGGAACGGGCUAG